CGCUUUCACGGCAGCUCGGUCUCACUGCCUGUGUGUGGCACGGGGUGGCUGGACAGCGGGGAGAUGUGAGCUCUCAGAGUAGGCCUAUACCAUGUUACGCUUUUAAAGAAUUUCUAACCCUCUUCAAUUUGGAAGGAAGAUUUCGAGCACUAUUCUGGAAUUAAUCGGGCCGAAGAGGACGCAUUUUGUGGAGUUCCUUGCGGUCGGAUCACAUAGUUAAAUCGAGUCUAAGCGCACGGAAUCCGGAGGAACCAGCAGGCUGGAGCUGGCGCGGUGCGCCGCGGAGGAUGCUGCGCGUCGAGCUCUACGCACGCCGUGCGUAACGUUGCAUUACGGACCACUAAACCCAUGAAUAGGACGGGUUUCCUCCAGAGAGACCGAUCACAGUGCGGACCACACCGAUUAUAGCGCAUCCACGGAGGAUUUCGACGAGUCCCCCCCCCCAUCCCCCCAAAAAACACGAGCCCUGUUCGCCUGUGUGGAGAGUGGCGUUCAUACAUCCUGUGGAUUCCACACAUUAACAAAGGAUACGUUUUACCAUGUAUCCACAAGGCCGACAUCCGGCUCCACACCAGCCAGGCCAACCUGGCUUCAAGUUCACUGUAGCAGAGUCUUGUGACAGGAUAAAAGAUGAAUUUCAGUUCCUGCAAGCCCAGUAUCACAGUCUUAAGGUGGAGUACGACAAGCUGGCCAAUGAGAAGACAGAGAUGCAGCGCCAUUAUGUCAUGUAUUACGAGAUGUCCUACGGUCUGAACAUAGAAAUGCACAAACAGACGGAGAUCGCCAAAAGGCUCAACGCAAUUUUAGCUCAAAUUAUGCCCUUCCUGUCACAAGAGCACCAGCAGCAGGUUGCUCAGGCAGUGGAACGGGCUAAGCAGGUGACUAUGACCGAGCUCAAUGCCAUCAUCGGGGUACGUGGACUUCCCAAUCUGCCUCUCACAGUGUGUAUACCCUUUUUUAAUUCAUUCAUUCCACCUUGGCCAGGGGCAACCCCGCACGCACAAACCAGCACGGGGCACGCAAACGGACGAGUUAGACUCGCAGCGUGUCGGCGGCCCGCGCUUUACCCGUGCGUUGGGUGUGUCGGUUUGCCCCUUCCAUUGAUUAACACGUCAUCUGAAAUGUUUGCUGGUCUCCUUUGCCGCGGUGUGUUUUGUGUCUCCCUGCAGGGCUUUGACCCCCACACGCACAUGAGGGCCCCUGGGCUCCCCGCCAGCCUCGCAUCCAUUGCCGGCGGGAAACCGGCCUACUCCUUCCACGUCAGCGCCGACGGGCAGAUGCAGCCGGUUCCCUUCCCGCCGGACGCGCUGAUCGGGCCGGGCAUCCCGCGCCACGCGCGGCAGAUCAACACCCUGAGCCACGGCGAGGUGGUGUGCGCCGUGACCAUCAGCAACCCCACGCGGCACGUCUACACCGGGGGGAAGGGCUGUGUCAAGAUCUGGGACAUCAGCCAGCCCGGCAGCAAGAGCCCCGUGUCGCAGCUCGACUGUCUGAACCGGGAUAACUACAUCCGCUCCUGUAAGCUGCUGCCAGACGGCCGCACAUUGAUCGUGGGGGGCGAGGCCAGCACGCUGACCAUCUGGGACCUGGCCUCGCCGACGCCCCGCAUCAAGGCGGAGCUCACCUCCUCGGCCCCCGCCUGCUACGCCCUGGCCAUCAGCCCCGACGCCAAGGUCUGCUUCUCCUGCUGCAGCGACGGCAACAUCGCCGUGUGGGACCUCCACAACCAGACGCUGGUCAGGCAGUUCCAGGGCCACACGGACGGCGCUAGCUGCAUCGACAUCUCCCACGACGGCACCAAGCUGUGGACGGGCGGGCUGGACAACACGGUGCGCUCCUGGGACCUAAGGGAGGGCCGGCAGCUCCAGCAGCACGACUUCACCUCCCAGAUCUUCUCCUUGGGCUACUGUCCGACCGGGGAGUGGCUUGCGGUGGGCAUGGAGAGCAGCAACGUGGAGGUUCUGCACCACACCAAGCCCGACAAGUACCAGCUCCACCUGCACGAGAGCUGCGUCCUCUCCCUCAAGUUUGCCUACUGCGGUAAAUGGUUUGUGAGCACGGGGAAGGACAAUCUGUUGAACGCAUGGAGGACUCCGUAUGGCGCCAGCAUAUUCCAGUCCAAGGAGUCGUCGUCCGUGCUCAGCUGCGACAUCUCUGCCGACGACAAGUACAUCGUGACGGGCUCUGGGGACAAGAAGGCCACGGUGUACGAGGUGAUCUACUAAACCAGAGGACCCGUGGCGCUCCGAACCCCCGACCCCCGCGCCCCGCCCCAAACUCAGACAGCAUGGAUGUCGCCUGCAGCCCCCCACUCCCCUCCCCGGCCUGGAUCAGCAGCAGGAUGACUCGGAGCCAGGCGAGGGUGGACUACGGCGUUCUGCCCCCCCCCACCCCCCCCCCCCCACCCCCCCCCACUCCCCCGACGGCGCUGUCCCUCCUUCGUGUGACUCAACCCGUGUACAGUCGAGGGCGGCCGUCAAGGCACCGGAGAAGAAAUUAUUGUCGUGCAGUUCUUUUUGGUUUUACUUUUCUUUUUUUCUUUGGAUAUUUUUGUGAUUUUGUUUUUGAUUUUCAAACCCGGAGGUUCGGUUCCGCGACGCGACUAGAAGCGGUGGUUCGCUCUGAAGCUUCCUCUCUGCAGGUUCUGUGAAAAGUGUACAUAAUGGAGUAAUAAAAGGCCUUUUAUAGAUUUAUAUUUUGGUGUCCCGUUACGCUUGUGAUGAUUCUUUCUUGUUCUCUCCUUGAUUUUCUGUCCCCUCUGGGAAUGGAAAUUAGAUUAGGACUGUAAGAGGAUAUUCUAUUUCACUUUCCCCAUCCUAUGCCCUUUUUUUCCACGUUCUUUGUCCACGAUGACCUUUUGGAAAUCUAAUUUGUUUUUUUCUUUUCUCGCUCAAAACAUCAAUGCUGUUUUGGUAGAAAACAGACAUUUGUCCAUUUGGGAUGGGAAGAAUUCUGGAAACAUCCUUCGUGUCUGACUGGAACGGAGACACCAUCAUACUUUCCAGACCGUUUUUUUCCCGGUUCCCAAAUAUCAACAGUUCCAACGUUCAAGUUCUGGAUGUAUUGUGACUCAUUGGCUGCUUUUUAUCGACAUUUUAAUGGUCUGACUACUGGCCCGAGUGGAGGACUGGGGGUUUCCUAGAGAACCAUAUGAAGCCUUCUCUUUUUGUUCCUUGACUCUUAAAGUAUCAUAUGAACCUUUUUGUGCUCAUUGUGUCCGUGUCCAUGCGUCUGAGAGGAGGUCUGAAAUGCCCUCUCGCUGACUCACCAUGACUGAUAUGCAAAGCUUCCAAAGUUAGUCAUGCAAUUGGCAGACAAGAAUGUCAAGAUUUAACAUAUUUGGUAAAUGCGCUGUUUACUUCUCAGUACUUAACGAUAUCUCGUUAUAAUCUUCUCUCCUGGACGGCAAUGGUCUCUGCUCUAACACACUUCAAAUCUUGUAGCAAACACUUGUCAUCGUCACUAAGGAUUGUACAGUUGUUGAUAUUUCAAUAAACUGUUUUUUUAUAUAAAA